AUGACGGAGUCGAUGAAGAAUUUCGAAGUGGAUAUUCCUUCGUUAUUACAAGACGGGAUCAAGUUAUUAGUAUAUGCUGGCGAAUACGAUCUUAUCUGCAACUGGUUAGGAAACUCGAGAUGGGUGGAUAACAUGGAAUGGUUUGGUCGGAAAGAAUUUUUGUCGGCUGCUUUUGUUCCGUUUAAGGUUGAUGGAGUGGAGGCGGGUUUAAGGAAAAGUUACGGAGAUCUUACUUUCUUGAAAGUGUAUAAUGCUGGUCAUCUUGUUCCCAUGGAUCAACCGAAAGCAUCGUUGGAAAUGCUAAGGAGAUGGAUGAAAGGCGAGCCCAUGUGA